AUGAAGUUGCCCAUCCUCGUCUCCCUCCUGAGUGCAGCAGCGGCCGCGGCCGCGGACACGCUCACGGCACUUGGCCACUCUCCUGGUCUCAACUUGACCACCGCUGAGGCUGGUAACCCACUGUUCGACGGUUGGUUCGCUGAUCCGGAGAUCCGUGUGUACGGCGAUGUCUUUUGGAUAUUCGCAACCACGUCCGUCUUGUUUAAGAACCAGGAGCAUUUUGAUGCAUGGUCCUCGACUGAUUUGGUUCAAUGGACUAAGCAUCCUAAUAUCCUGACAGAUGGUACUAUCCCAUGGAUCAAGCACACUAUGUGGGCGCCUGCAUCGGCCAAGGGGAGGGAUGGGAAAUACUAUCUCUACUUCAGCAGCCAUAACGGCGUACGAUCGAAGAAGCAGCCAAACGCUGGAUUGGCCGUCGCCGUAGCCGACAAGCCGGAAGGGCCGUAUAGAGAUGCUCUUAAUGGCACGCGGUUGCUCGAUCAUGCAAUUCAUGGCGGUAACCCCAUGGACCCUGACGUCUUCACUGAUGAUGACGGAAAGAGGUACCUAUACUUUGGUGGGACGAAGGGUAACGUUGGAAUUCUGAACGACGACAUGAUCAGCUUCCAACCGAUCAACACCUCCAAGUCCGCAAGGGGAACAGACGCUGAGUACUUCAAGAGCAUUACACCGCGGCCCAGCAAAUUCGAAGAAGGCAUGAAAGUUUUCAAGCGCAACGGCACAUACUACAUGAUGUGGUCAGAAAACACAUAUGGCAGCCCUAACUACCGGGUGGCCUACGGCACGUCAGACUCGCCCCUGGGGCCCUUCUCGCCGAAAGGCGUCAUCCUGAAACAGGACCCAGCUAUAGCGGUGGCGACGGGCCACAACAGCGUGCUCAACAUACCCGGGACGGACAUCUGGUACAUCGUCUACCACCGGCGCCCGCUCCACGAGAGCAACGGGGACAACCGCGUGGUGGCCCUGGACCGCAUGUACUUUGACGCCGACGGCGACAUCGAGCCCGUCGAGCUGUUGGUCAAGGACAACUUCGGCGACGGGCAGCUCUCGCCGCACCUGUGGCAGAGGAGGAGCGGCGACUGGACAAUUGUCACCAAGGACGGCGAUGACGAGCAGCAGCAGCUCCUCCGUGGCUCGGCCGCGCAAGCUCUCGCCCUCAUAGACUCGCACUUCGCGGAUCUUGUGUAUGACGCCGAUAUCACGCUCGAGGACAGCGGAAGCGAGGCCGGGGUCACGUUCCGCACCGCGCCGUCGAGGAACCGCAAGCGGCCAGAGGCGUUCAACGGGUACGCCGUCUGGCUCAGUGCCGGGGCCGGCGAGGUCUUCCUCGGACACCAGAAGGGGAAGCGCAGGGUGGGGAUGACUGUCCUCAAUAGCAGCUCGGAUGUGCACGUCGAAGGCGGGAGGAAGUAUCACCUUCGGGUUGAGUUCAAGGGCACUACGGCCUCGGUGUAUGUGAACGAUAUGGCGGCCCCCGUUAUGACGGUCACGAAUGGAGCGGAUACCUCGGGGCAGAAUGGCUUGUGGGUGAAGAAUGGGAGUGCGCUGUUCGAUAAUGUUUCUAUCAGGCAUCCUUGA